AUGGAAAAUCAAUAUGAGAAUAAAGUUGAUAUAUAUAGUAUAGAGAAGAAGAUGGAAAAUCCUGUUGAUAUGAUGAAGGCUUACGGUGAGAUGAUGGCUAAGAUGCAGGCUCAAAUGGCUGCUAUGACGGCAAAAGAUGAGGCUCGUGAUAAGGAAAUAAAGGAAUUGAAAAAGAAGGGUGAAGUUAGUGAGAAGAAGCUGAAGGCUCUUGAGAAGGAUAACAGAAAGCUUAAGAAGGAAGGUGAAUUUAAUAAGAAGAGUCUUGGUGUGCUUAGAAAUGAUAACAGGAAGCUAAAGAGAAAUAUUGCGGCAAUGAGAGUUGGUGAGGAAGGAAUUGAGGUUAUAGGUGGAACAGCUACCCCAACACUGCAUAAGACUAUAAACUAUGAAAAGACUGGUGAAAGUGAUGAGGGGACAAUUGAGAAGUUCACUUUGGGAAUAAGUAGACCUGACUUCGGUGGACAACUUGAUGUUAGUCGUAAGAUUGUUGGUGACCUGCUCAAAUCUGUUCUUGACCGACCAGUAAAGUUUGUUGAGACUCUUGUAUUGAAAAUGGUAAAAGGCCUUCUCAGUAAGAACACAGAUGUUGAUCUUCCAAUGGAAAGUGAGACAAUUACUGUUAUGAAUGCAAGCGAAGUUGAGGAUGCGGUGAGACUUAGCGCUGAAAGAAUUAUAGCUAAGAUCGAAUCUUACCAGGAUCGUGGUAGCAAUUGGAGGGUGAUCUUGGUUGAGAAACAUGAGGUUGACGUUGUUCAUUUCAAUCCGUUGGUUGGCAGUUCAUUUAUCGAGUUACCUGCUCCUCUGAAAUCUAAUAUGAAUGGAUUGAUCAAUAUUGAAAACGUGGACGACGACGAGUGCUUUAGGUGGUGUCAUGUAAGACAUCUGCGUCCAGGUCAAAGAGCUACUAAGAUUACUAGGUCUGAUAGGAAGUUUGCUAAGACACUCAACUAUAAUGGUAUCAAGUUCCCUGUGAGGAUAAAUGACAUUCCAAAGAUUGAGAAGGCGAAUGAGCUUAGAAUUACUGUGAUCAUGUUGAGGGGAGAGAGGAUGUUCUUUCCAAGGUAUACUUCAAAGUUUGACUAUAAGGAUCAUAUGGAGUUGUUGCUGAUGGAUGAUGGGGAGGGAAAUAAUCACUAUGUUCUUGUGAGGGAUAUCAGCAUGUUACUUAACAGUUUAAGUAAAACUCAGCAUAAGAGAUUCUUCUGUCUCGGUUGCCUCAAUGGGUUCAACUCACAGGAACGAUUGGAUAAACAUAGUGGGACAUGUAGAGAGGUAAAUGGAACGCAGAAAUCUAUGAUGCCAAAGAGAGGAAGCAAGGUUGUAUUCAAAAAUCAUAGGAGACAGUUACCUGUUCAGUUUGUGAUAUAUGCUGACUUUGAAUCAUUGCUGAUCCCAGUUGACGGGAAGGGUGAAUGCCUGCGUAAAACGCAUGAUCAUGAGAUGUGUAGUUACGGGUUUAAGAGAGUGUGUUACUAUGAUGGUAAGUAUGAUGGUGAAUAUAAAAGCUAUAGGGGAGUUGGCGCAAUUAGUAGAUCUCUGAGUGAGUUGUUGGGUGAAGUUGAGAAGUGUAAUGGAAUUAUACAAAGUGAGUUCAACAAGGAAGUUGUCAUGAGUGUGAAAGACUAUGAUAAACUUGAAAAGGCAACUGAGUGUCACAUCUGUGGUGGUAAGUUUGGUGAGAGCGAUAAGAAGGUUCUUGACCAUUGUCAUGUUACCAGUAAGUUCAGAGGUGCGGCUCAUAACUCAUGUAACUUGAACCAUAAGUUGACUGGAAAGAUUCCUGUUGUGUUUCACAAUCUACGUGGCUAUGAUGGUAACUUUAUUAUGCAAGGUGUAAAGGAACUUGGUGAGAAGAUAGAGGUGAUCGCCAACAACAUGCAAAAAUAUAUGUCCUUCACAGUGGGUAAGCAGUUGGUCUUCAUUGACUCGAUGCAGUUCAUGAGUAGUAGUCUUGAAAAUCUUGUGAGUAAUCUUAGUGAUGACCGUUUCAAGAGAAUGCAGUGUGAAUGGCAAGGUCAGGAGCUUGAGAUGUUACUUAAGAAGGGAGUUUACCCUUACGAGUAUAUGAGUUGUUGGGAGAAAUUUAGUGAGAAGAGCUUGCCUGAGAAAUCUGCAUUCUAUAGUUCACUGUAUGAGGAGGAAGUUAACGAUGAUGAUUACCUUAGAGCGUGUAAGAUGUAUGAGAAGUUUAGCUGUAAGAAUUUAGGUGAUUAUCAUGACUUAUAUCUUAAGACUGAUGUGUUGCUGUUGGCGGAUGUAUUUGAAGACUUUAGAAGAGUUUGUCUUGAAAGUUAUAAGUUGGAUCCUGCACAUUACAUAUCCGCUCCCGGUCUUAGUUGGGAUGCAAUGUUGAAAAGAACAGGUGUAAAACUGGAUUUGUUGUCUAAUGUUGACAUGUACCAGUUUAUUGAAAAGGGAAUGAGAGGAGGUGUAAGUUACAUUGGUCAUAGAUACGCAAAAGCAAAUAAUAAGUACAUGAGUGACUAUGAUCCUGACCAACCAAGUAGCUACAUAAUGUACCUUGACGCAAAUAACCUCUACGGACAUGCGAUGAGUGAGGAGCUACCAUAUGGAAAAUUUAGGUGGAUUGAUGCUGACAAGGUUAAGCUUGAAGAUUAUGGUAAAGGUAAAGAGAAACGCUUGAUAUUAGAGGUUGAUCUUGAAUACCCUAGUGAACUCCAUAAGUUACAUAGUGAUUAUCCUCUAGCCCCAGAGAAAAUGGAAAUCACUGAUGAUAUGUUGAGUGGAUACGCAAAGUCUAUAAAAGAGGCUCAUGGUGGUAGGUCAACUGGUGUGAAAAAGUUAGUAACCACACUGACUGGGAAGACCUCCUAUGUAUGUCAUGUGAAUAAUCUUAAGUUGUACAUGAAGUUGGGAAUGAAGUUGGUGAGAAUAAGGAGAGCGCUUGAGUUUGCCCAUUCAAAGUGGUUGGAAGGUUACAUUCAGUUUAACACUGAUAUGAGAACAGUUGCUAAGAAUGACUUUCAGAAGAACUUCUUCAAGCUGAUGAAUAACUCUGUCUUUGGAAAAACCAUGGAGAAUCUUAGGAAGCGGUUGCUUCACCAUGUUUCAUAAGGGCUAAAGUGUUGAGUGGCGGUUUAGUUGCGGUUAAGAAGGUAAAGGAGGUGUUACUCUUGAACAAGCCUGUUUAUAUUGGAAUGAGUAUUCUCGAUCUGUCGAAAACGGUGAUGUAUGACUUUCACUAUAAUCAUAUAAGAAAGAUUUAUGGUAGCCGAGUAAAGUUACUUUUCACAGAUACAGAUAGUCUAAUGUAUAGGUUGCAUACUGAUGAUGCGUAUAAAGAUGCGGCGAAGUUUUCUGAUAAGUAUGAUACCAGCGGCUAUAGUAAAGACUCGCCCUUCUAUGAUGAGACUAAUAAGAAAGUCAUUGGUAAAUUUAAGGAUGAGGCUAGCGGUGUACCUAUAACAGAAUUUAUUGGGUUGCGGUCAAAAAUGUAUAGUUAUGAGAAAGAUGAUGGUAAAGUUGGUAAGACAGCUAAAGGUGUGAAGAAGUAUGUAAUUAAAAAGUUCAUAACUCAUGAGGACUAUAAGAGAACAUUGGUGGAUGGACUUCAAAUGAAACAUAGUAUGAAUGUUAUAAGAAGCAACUGUCAUGAUGUUGGAACGUACAAUUUGAACAAGGUCUCACUGAGUGCUUUUGAUGAUAAAAGGUUCCUACUAAUGGGGUAGCAAGUCUGGCAUAUGGUCAUGCAAAACUGAGUUCAGGCAAGGAUAAUCAUCGGUUAGGUUGUUAAAGCAGAUUGAAGAGAUGUUUCCUACAUAAAAUAAGGGAGAUAAAUAGAGAGGUUGUUGAAGCGUUAAAAAGUGACCUCAAUUUGUAAUUUAAAGAGAAAAAACAAAAAAACAAAAAAAUGUGUGUUGAAAGGACUCUAGGAGAAGUAAAACAGCGAUUUCUCGGGAGUCGGGCUAGUUUUGACCAGUGAGAAAAAAUGUGCUUGAAAUGGCUCUAGCUCAUGUAAAAUCGCCGUUUUCGCAAAAUCAUUAAAAGAGUUGAGGCGAUUGCCAAUCACUUUUUUCCUGCAAUAUUAGCUAUUUUAGUGGUUGUAGAGGGUCUAGGACGUAAAAAUCAACAUAGUAAAAAAAAGUUAAUGGAGAGGGUCUGUGAAAGGUAGUUUGUAGGUUGUCGAUAGCAAAUACAUCACGAAAGUGGGAUUAAAACGGUCGUCUGAGUCAAAAAUUGGUACAAUAAAUUUGGUGUUGUAGAUCGUCCAGAAUUACAAAAAUGGUUAAUAUCCCAUGAAAAAAGUGAUUAGCAAUCGGCAUUUUACUUACUACUCACGCAGACAUUGGAGAACACUUGCUGUGGCCCACUGACGUAGACGACAGCUCUUUAUUCAUUCAAUUAUAAUAUGACGUAUAACAAUUUUUGAUAAAGUAAGUUAAUAGUAUAACAUCAGUUGAUUGCAUUGUUUCUGUCCUAAGAUUUUGAUGUGAAAUAACACUGUCUAUGCUUAUCUGACGAAACAUGCUAAACAGCAACAAUUUAUCGACACCAUAUACAUAUUUUUCUCUGACAUGAUAAGAAUCACGUGAAGAAUCACGUAUUUGCCAUUACAAUCAAUCAUGUUCAUAGCUGGUACCGGGAGGCCAGAAAAAACCUUCCACUUCUUGGCAGGAAAUCUGGUCGGGACCAAGGCACCAACUAGCUGCCCGCACAGCAAAGUUAUAAAGUUGUAAAACGUGAAGCAUAGAAAAUUAGUUCCAGUUUCUUUUAGUCGACCCAAGUUGAGCUAUCAACUGCAUUGACCGAGAUACUUCUCUUGAACAGCAACGCUCUUUUAUACUCUUGCUUCAGACGACACCGCCCACUUGGGAGUACUGCUUUGACGUAAUAAAUAUACUUUCCUACUACACUGCGUAGCGUUAGGAAACUACUUAUUCUCCAGGGACCAACUCAACAAAACCCAUGGCGGCCAUGUUGGUGUUCCAGACAAAAGAGUCUAAUUAAAAUUCUUUUGAAUUGGAACACCAACAUGGCGGCUGUGACGUCAUGUGCAAACGCUCUAUACGGCGAGGUAAGCAUGCUUAAAAAUUUUUCGAGUAUGUGGACGUAUCCAUGCAUGCAUGGUUUACGCUACUCAUACGUUUCUCUCAUACGCAAUAGUGUGACAAGACCUUAACGAGAUCAGUAUGUAAUUGCAGUUCUUAAAAAACAUGAAAAUAUUAAACAUGUAUAAAAUAUUAGUUUAAUUUUACAGUGAGAAAAUAAAUCUGCACUAUACGAUGAGAAAAAAGUGCUCUUUCAAUGCAUUCCUAAUUGGCACACAUAUACUUUCCCGCACUUUCUUAUAAAUUUUUUGUUUAUAUAUACCAUGUAGUACCUAAUGAUACCCAUAAAUAUAUAAUUUCAAGCAUAUACAAUUGCUGGCGUAUUUAUAACUCACUCUUCAUACAAAAAACAGCCAUAUUUGAAACAUAAUGUUUUAAGGCGAAAAAUUUAAGUAAAUACAUUAACAAAUUAUAGCUUAUAAUUAGUCGAAUUAGCGAAAGUUGACUAUAUUUAUGACGCGCUUGUCAGGCGAAAAACACACUGCCCAAAGAUUUUAUUCUUUAUUUUAGUAGAUGUGUCAUAAUACUCAGUAGCUGCUAUAGAUUGGAUACCUGAUACCGUUGCAUUUUUGAGAAAAAAAUUUACUUACCGCCAGCAUACUAACACGAAUAUUUAAUCCGCUGUCUGCAAGCCCUUUUUAAAAAAUCACAAUAUUUUGUUUGCUUUAAGUGGUCAUGAUAAUUUUUAGUUUAGAUUAAUGCCUAAGCAAGAAAUAAUAAAAUAUAUAAGUUUCAAGCGCGAAAUGAAAGUGAGAUAUAAAAAAGCUCAAAUAUCACUUGCGUAAUUAACGUUUUAACAUGUUUUUGAAUGCGUCCGAAAAUAAUUGCGAAAAAAAUUUUAAAACCGACAACAAUUGACGACGUGACGUGACGUGCGCGCGCGCGGUCUGGCACGAAAGUGCUCUGCCAUUUUUGUUCGCAUUUCGAGUUUAUUUACUAAAGUUUUCCUCGAAAAUAUCAUCUUUGGUGUUUGGCAAGACAUUCGUCCCCAGGAUUUUGAAGUUUGUAGAAAGUUUUGUCUGCUUCUGUGCUUGUUUUCUUGUGUUUUGUUGUGCGUUUCUGUCAAUUUGAAAACUGUUUUAAAAGUUGGACGGUUGCUGCAGACGUUACACAAGUCAAUACGCCACCAGUAUGCUGAUGACGCAGCGCAAGUUUAAAGUUUGGAACGGUAUUGGUGCGCGUGCGCCGCCAAUUAAAAGAAGAAAUUGCUUGCAACUAACCUGGAUAAAGGACGGAGUUCAAUUCUUUAUGCUUUUUGCAACAAUAGUCUGGUGGUGUUCAAAAGUUAAACCAUCUAACAUUCCUAUCGAAAAGACUUUAAGAGCGGUUGUCUGUAAUAGUCAGGUAAGACGUGUAAAAUGAGAAAAUUCAAAAUCCUUCAAACUUUGUCAGAAUGUAGGCCUAUAUGAAGUAUUAAUGUUGUGAAAGUUUUAUUUCGAUCGGAUAAAUAUUGAACGAGAGAGACGUCGAAAUUGGUUUUCCCAGGCCACUUUCGGUUUUUCGAGGUAAUUUUACGGCACUACCAAAAUCGCUCUAUUUUGCACGAUAAUGGGAAUAUUUCACAAAAUAUGAAUUCGUUUUAUAAAUUAGAGUUAUUUAUUGAGUAGCAGACGAAAUUUAGAGACAUUUCUUUUAAAAGUGAAUAUUUUACAGAUUUUCUUAAUGUUUUUUUAUUUUGGAACUUCUUUAUUAUAUGCCAUAUUAGGCAGCGAAUAUCUCCAUUGUUACAUCGAUUCAGACAAAAUAUUCAUAACCAGGACAAAGAAAUAUAUUUUCGCUUGCUACUGAUGAAAUAAAAUUUUUGGGCAACUUAGAAUUGAAUUUUUGACGAUUUUUUUCGUAACCCAUAUUUCACCCGAAUAACCGUAUGUUAUGUAAUCAACGUCGAGUCAUGUAGUUCAAUAAUUAACCAAAGAGCUUGUCAAAAGCGUUAAUUUUUUCAAGUAAACAAGCCUAGGCCUAUAAAACUACCUUAGCUAAAGCUGUACGUCUGGCAGAAAGCAUUUAGGUCUAAAUCACGCUGUUUACGGUCGUUUAUUGUUCACGUAAUGCCUAUAAUAUAUUGUAUAGCCGGCGCCGCUGAUUUGGCGGAUUUGUUUUAAUUAUAUUUUAUCAGAGAUAUGCCGCGAUAAGUAUAGCAAGUAUAUUUUCUCUCCCCUUCCCAUAAACAUGUGUUCUUUCACGACUCGUCGUGCUUAUAACUUUUCGAACAUAAAUAGUGCACGCGCUUUUUGUCAAAAACAUCGGAGUCAGUUUACGUUGAAAUUGUAAUUCGUUUACUUAAUUAAUUUAAUUAAUAUAAUUACUGUAAUAUUAAAGCUGGAUUCUUUCACCGUGAUGUCAUGCCAAAAGGUGUCUUUUCUAUUUUUAAAAAAGACCCUCUGUUGAUUUAUGAUUUGGUAAUAUUUAUUACAGUUGUAUGCCGGUUUGAUUAUUUUGUUAUUGCUCAAUAAGUUUGAAUUUAAUUUGUUCUCAAACUUCAGACCAAACUUAUUUAGUAGUUUUAACUGGCCAUCACUUUUAAAACAGCAAGGAUAUAAAGACAAUGUGCACGUGUACGUGUGAGUUAUCUAUGAAAUAAAUAGUUGGUUUACAAAAUGAAUUCCGUCUUCGUGGAUAAAUUAAUGAGUUAUAAAUAAUCUCUCCUGUACAUGUAGGGAUUUCCCCCGGUAUAUUUCUUCUCUUUUGUAUGGCUGUUUGUGAUUACGCGUUAUCUGUCAUAUACUUUUGGUCCAAUUUCAAUUACAUUUAUCCACCCAUUUCUGGAUGAUGCAUCUAGAACACAGGCAGUACUCAGUAAAAAAAAGUCAACUUGAAAGGGGGCCCAACUUUCCCAGAGGGGGCCCCGGAAUGCUGGAAUUGAGCAACGUGUUCUGAAAAUUGAGGUCGAAAAAGGUCUGAAUAGUAUUUUGAAACCCACAGCCAUACCCAGUGUCAGUGACAAUUAAGAGACGCGUAUAACAAACAGCCAUACAAAAGAGAAGGAAUAUACCGGGGGAAAUCCCUACAUGUAGCAUUUAACGCAUACAGGAGAGAUUUUUUGUAACUCAUGUUUAUCCACGAAGACUGAUUUCAUUUUGUAAACCAACUAUUUAUUUCAUGGAUAACUCACCCGUACACGUUGUCUUUAUCUUGUUGCUGUUUUAAAAGUGAUGGCCAGUUUAUACUAACAGCGUAGAAGUUUGGUCUGAAGUUGGACUGUUUUCUCAGAACAAAUUCAAAGUUAUUGUCUACUGAGCAAUAACAAAAUAAUAAAAUGUACAACUGUAAUUAAUAUUACCAAAUCACAAAUCAAUAGAGGGUCUUUUUUAAAAAUAGAAAAGACACCUUUUGGCAUGACAUCACGUUGAAAGAAUCCAGUUUUAAUAUUAAUUAUAUUAAAACUCUUUGCGAGGUCGUCCUCGAGAGGUUGACGGCUAGAAAUUUCAUAUCUUCGAUUCAGUGCACGCUAUGAAGACAGGAAUACCACCAUUCGAUUCAGAUAUAAAAGAUCAACUAACUACGAACGAUAGUUAUAGUCAUUAUUAACACUGUAGCGAUUUAUGGGAGUUUGAAAGUCUAACGCGAAAUUAAUACGCGAUUGUCUGAACAAAAAUAUAGACUAUAGCCAUACCUUUCGCCGAAAAUAACUUCGGCCCCUUCACACAUAUUGCCUUUGUAAUAGUCUUGUUCGAAUCCCCAUCAAAAACACUAUUCAGAGUGAUAUGCAAGCCUGUAUCUUCAAAUUUCCAUCUUUUAUCACGGUAUUUCCAUUUCUUGUCCGGCUGUGAGCUCGAGGCUCGAAAUGAGCUAACGCAACCGGAAAUACGACUAAAAAUACGUCAAAACAAUGCGAUGUUUUUGACAAAAAGCGCGUGCACUAUUUAUGUACGAAAAGUAUAUAAGCACGACGAGUCGUGAGAGAACACAUGUUUAUAGGAGGGGGAGAGAAAAUAUACUAGCCAUAUACUUAUCGCGGCAUAUUCCUGAUAAAAUAUAAUUGUGAAAUUGAAACCAAAUCUGCCAAAUCAGCCGCACCGGCUAUCGGGCAUUACCUGAACAAUAAGUGACUGUAAACAGUGUGAUUUAGACCUAAAUGCUUCUAACCAAUCGUACAGCUUUAGCUAAGGUAGUUUUAUAGGCCUAGGCUUGUUUACUCGAAGAAAUAAACGCUUUUGACGAGCUCUUUGGUUAUUUAUUGAACUACAUGACUCGACGCUGAUUAUAUAACAUACGGUUAUUCGGGUCAAAUAGGGGUUACGAAAAAAUUCGUCAAAAAUUCAAUUCUAAGUUGCCCAAAAUUUUAUUUCAUCAAUAGCAAGCGAAAACAUAUUUCUUUGACCUGGUUAUGAAAUUUUUGUCUGAAUCGAUGUAACAAUGGAGAUAUUUGCUGCCUAAUAUAGCAUAUAAUAAAGAGGUUCGAAAAUAAAAAAACAUUAAGAAAAUCUGUAAAAUAUUCACUUUUUACAGAAAUGUCUCUAAAUUUCGUCUGCUAAUCAAUAAAUAACUCUAAUUUAUAAAACGAAAUCAUGUUUUAUGAAAUAUUGCCACUAUCGUGCAAAAUAGAGCGAUUUUGGUAGUGCCGUAAAAUGACCUCUAAAAACCGAAAGUGACCUGGGAAAACCAAUUUCGACGUCUCUCUCCUUCAAUAUUUAUCCGAUCGAAAUAAAACUUUCACAACAUUAAUACUUCAUAUAGGCCUACAUUCUGACAAAGUUUGAAGGAUUUUGAAUUUUCUCAUUUUACACGUCUUACCUGACAAUUAGAGACAACCGCUCUUAAAUGGCAUUGUAAUUAAUUCUGAACUUGCGAAUUUACCUGAAAAGCUGUGUUAUGUUUGGACUGCCACUCGUGACUCAAAACAAAGAAAAUUAAAUUAUCCCAUCAACUAUCGUUACGGAAUUAACCUGAAAAUUGAUCGCAAUCCAUCUCAUGUUGUUUUUAGUGCAAUGUUUCCAUGGAAACGUUGCACUAUUGUGAUGAGUGGCGAAAUUCAAGCGAGAGAUACAUAGAGUAAACUUUCCGGGGGGGAGUUACAAAUGUUAUCUCAAUGCCAUAUCUAAAAAAACUUCAAGGUUGGAGAAUUUUUAAGUUAAAACGAUAUUUAUAGCAACAGUAAAAUUUCAUAAAUUUGAUUUAGCUUGACGAUCAAUAUUUAAACGUCUACAUUACAGCAAUGUUAAAAGUUUACUGAGAUAACAAAUAUGGGGAUUCGUGCCAUUAGCACCCCCGUAUCUUCAAAUUUUCGUGAGAACUGCAAGUCAGCAAAAUCAGCACCCAUAAAUAAAUAUGACGACGCGUAUGAGUGCUGGUCGAAAUUUUAGAACAGGCCUUGGGCAAACGAUUUAACAUGGGUAUGUAUUAUUUCUAUGCAAUUUUAGACUCUAUUUCGGGGCUUCAACUCGCUGCAUUUCAUACGAGGCCCGAGUUUUUGCAUUUCUAUUUAUGAUUUUCUUAUAUUUCAAUUUAAAUCUCGUAGCUCAAUUUAUGUCACGAAAUUUAGUUGUACAACUAUAUUUUAUUCUUUCUAUGACUGUAGCCAGUAUAGGCAGACACGUUAUUUUAGAAAUAACAUGAAAUAUAAUAUCCCCGUGCAGUAACAUGCAAUAUCAUGUCUAUAUAUAAAUGUUCGUCUACAGCUCUGGUUCCACAUUUAUAGCACGCUCGUUUAUAUUAAAUCUAUAAUUUCAACCCUAAUCUAUCUUUAUAUGAAACUUAAUCUGCAAUAAAAGCAUAGUCCUAUAAAAAACAGCAUUUUUCUGAUAUAAAAAUAUAACUUGCGUGCUGUAUAGUCUCAUAGUAUAUACAGUCUGUGAACAGACGGUAUACCAUCAACAGGUGUCGCAGAAUUUGACAGAAUUUUUUGUAAUAUUUUAAUUAUUCAUUUAUUCAAGGCCCGCAUAUUGUAGCCUGUGCACAUGCAGACAGCCGCAAUGAGUUUUAUUGAUAUGGAUAGUUAUGUAUAACUUGCAUGAAUGUAUGAGAGAUACUAAGAUAUUGGUUUUUGUGCCGUAAUUGAAGUAAAAGGAUAAUAACAAGCGCGAAGUUUGCUGUUGGCAUAAAUACUAUAGCUAAUUAAUCGAGAUAUACUAGCUUUUAAUAACAAAGCCUUUGUUUCAAUAAAUUUAAUUGAAUUCAAGAUUAAAAUUUAUUAUGUCUUAGGUACAGUUCGUAGGUCAUCGUGUUACAUUUAUUUCAAUACAAUGUCAAUGUCAAUGACAAUGUUUACGUUUAUAAAAAGUUGCCAAGUUGGCAAAUUUACUGUUUUGGCAAUUAAUGUGUGAUGUGGCCGAAAUUAUCGGCCUAAUCUUAUCGUAAGUAUAAUUUUGUCUGCGUUCUGUAUAUUAAAUAAAUUGAGAUGCUACAAAAUAAUAUACAGGGAUAUCGACAAAACUAAUUUUUUGAUACUGUGUUACGUAUAUAUAAGCAAUUGAGACAUCCAUGUACAACAUUAAAAAUGUAGCUUCCGGCAGCUACUGUUAGCUACGUCACAAACGUAAACAAACGCUCGGAAAUUUUUGCGACUUGUGGUAUGGUUGGACGAAAAUGGCUGUAAUAAGUUCAAAAGUUCCUCUAAAAGUUCAAAAUUUCGUCUACUUCAAGCUUACCGGUAAUUUACAACAAAAUUAAUUUGCAACAGUUUUGCAUUCGUGAACCGCAUCAUUUGGACAAAUGAAUUGCAAAACUAUGAACAAUAUGUUUGAAAGAUUUGAUAUUACCGUAAUGACUUUUCAAGUUUUCAGAAACAUUGCACUAUCCUUGGAUCCCUAGUUCUAAUCUUACUGGCUGGUGAUGUGGCUACAAACCCUGGUCCCAGUACUACUCCACCUCGUACCACUGAAUCAUCCCCCGGUCCUGAUGAUGACACUAACAUCCACUACAUGCGAUGUCUGUAUUUCAAUGCACGAAGCUUAACUAACAAAAUUACUGAACUUCAAACGCUCGUUACUGAUGUUGAUCUACUUGCAGUAACUGAAACUUGGCUUAAACCUGAAAUCGCAAACUGUGAACUCUUGCCUGGAAAUGAAUUUGCCAUCCAUCGUUGCGACCGGACUGAGCGAACUGGUGGUGGAACAUUGUUAGCUGUUCGGAAUACCAUCCUAAGCGUCCGAAGAAAAGAUCUUGAAAGCAAUGCGGAGAUGUUAGUGUGUGAAAUUCAUCCAGAAAAUAAGGGAAAACUUCUUGCGAUUGUUUUCUACAGACCACCUGACACGGACUUGAACUACAUCAAGCAACUCAAGAAAUCCCUGCAGCUUGUUCAAAGCAACAACAAAUUUGACCAGGUCAUCAUUUGUGGCGACUUUAACUUGCCUCAUAUUGAUUGGACUACCGGAAUAGCUACAUCCAACGAUCUCAUUACCAACUACUUCACCAAAACAAUCAAAGACAACUACUUGUGGCAACUGGUUAACUUUUCACCUAGAGCAGAUAUUACUCUGGAUCUUAUCCUCACCAACAUUCCUGACAAAGUUCGAAACGUACAAGGGUUCGAUGACAUUCUGAACACUGACCACAGACUUAUAAGUUUUGAUAUUAAUUUUAAUAUCGCGAAGAAAGCUAAAGUAAAACGCGUGGUUUACAAUUUCAAAAAAGCAAACUGGCCUGGUCUUAAACAACAACUCGCAUACGCGCCCUGGGAUGAAUGUUUUGUUUCUGAUAACGUCGACGAGUCACUUUCGAACUGGUGUGAUUUAUUUAUGUCAGCUGUCGACAAAUACAUCCCGAAACAUUUUGUAAAGAAUACUAAUGAUCACCCAUGGAUUGAUAAAGAACUAUCCCUUCAAAUUAAGAAGAAAAACAUCCAAAGAAAAAAGUUAAAGAAAUCACAAUCCUCAGACGAUCUGGAAAAGUAUAGAACGUUACGGCGUGAGACUAAAAAGCUGAUCUCAAAGAAAAAGGAUUAUAAUAAAAAACUGUCCGAGUCUCGGUUCGAGAACCCAAAACGUUUCUGGUCGGCGGUAAAAUCAAGAACGAAAUUGCGUCAAUCUGUUAAUUUUCUUCGAACUGACGGUGCUUUUACAACAGAUAAAAUGUGCAUGGCUGACAUCCCAAACAAAAAUUUUUCCACUCCGUCUUCAACCCUCGGGAAGCAGAAUCACCCACUUCGACAUCUGAAACACUAACACCCUCAACUCCUCAACUCUGCAAUAUCGAAUUAGGAGAUUCUGAAGUUGCUGAAGUAUUUUGUCACCUAGACCCUAAAAAGGCUUGCGGACCAGAUGGGAUUCCAAGUAGAUUGUUGUUUGAACUUGCAAAUGUUAUCACACCUUCAUUAACCCACAGUUUAUAGACUAAGACUAUAAACUGUGAUUAACCAGACUGUUCAACAUGUCUCUCUCACUUGGCGUAGUAUCCAUCAAUUGGAAACGUGCUAAUAUCACGGCCGUAUUUAAAAAAGACGAUCCUUCACUUUCGUGCAAAUAUCGGCCGAUUUCUCUACUCUGUGUGUUGUCUAAGGCCCUGUUUACACUGUACCGGAUUCGCUGGUCACGACAUCUUCUUUUGCCGUUACGGAGCAAUGGUUAGUAGCAAAUGCUUAUUAGUUUGACAGAAUUGGCAUGUUUAUUUGGGUCUCUGAGAUUAAAAAACUUCACAGCCUUUCGAUACCUACAAAAUUUGACCCACUCCGAUAGCAAUCCGGUACAGUGUAAACGGAGCCUAAAGUUCUAGAACGUUGCGUUCACAGUCACUCCUACUACCACUUAGCACCACUCAUCUACAAGAUGCAACACGGUUUCAUGAGAGGGAAAUCAACAACAACCCAACUGUUAGAAGUGUACCAUGACAUUCUGGAACAUGUUGCGAGUGGUAAGGAAGUCGAUGCUAUUUACCUGGAUUUAUCGAAAGCCUUUGACAAAGUUCCACACAAUCUGUUGUUGAAGAAACUCGAGAAUUCCGGAAUUGGCGGGCCUCUCCUUGCAUGGUUUCGAAGCUACUUGACAGAUCGAAAACAACGUGUAGUUCUUCAUGGCGUGUGUUCCGAUUGGCUCCCGGUUACAUCUGGCGUACCACAAGGCUCCAUACUUGGUCCAAUUUUGUUUCUGAUCUACUGCAAUGACGUUCAAAAUUACAUACAAGCAAACUCGACACUCGCACUCUUUGCCGACGAUUCUAAACUGUACAGAUCUCUUGACCUCCCUAACGCUAGUACAUCGCUCCAGCACGACCUUGACAGCCUACAGAUAUGGAGCGUUGAUAUGAAAAUGGAUUUUAACACGACGAAAUGCAAAGUUAUGCACUUCUCCAAAAAGAAAUUGAAAACUGAAACAUCCUAUAUUCUUUCUGGACAGCAACUCGAACAAGUUACGCAUAUCUUGGACCUUGGUAUCACAGUCUCUAGCGAUUUAUCGUGGUUUAAACACAUCGAGAACAUUGCAGCAAAAGCCAACAAGACACUGGGUCUCAUUAAAAGGAUAAGCAAGGGCAUAACUGAUUUCGCUACAAGGAGAUUAUUGUACUGCACCCUCGUCAGGCCCAAGUUAGAGUAUGCUAGUAACGUGUGGUCACCCAGAGCCGUUAAACAUCGAUCAUUAAUCGAGAACGUUCAGCGGAGAGCAACGAAGUUCAUUCUAAAUUAAUUACCCAAAGGAAAUGUCGUACACGGAAAGAUUGAUCGCAACCAACCUCCUUCCGUUAGAAUUCCGCAGAGAGAUCACGGACUUGAUUUUACUGUAUAAGUCAAAAACCGGACUCAUUCCUAUGGACGUUAAUAACUUUUUAUGUUUGUACGAGCCUGGUUUUAGAUCUCGCAAUUAUAAUGAAAAUAAUUACUAUUUCCUCUUAAAACAUAAACAGCAGCUAAAAAUCUGUGGUUCGCUUAACUCUAUCAAGAUUAGUAUACGUAAACAUUAUGUUUCUAAGUUAACUUCUUACAGUCCUCCUGGCUUUACUUAGAUCUAUAAGUUAUAAAAGUUAUUUGUGUAAUGUACUGUACUAACGUGCUUGGCUGCUUGUUGUUUACUUGGUCUCAGGGCCUUCCUGAGGCUCCAUAUGAUUCUGUUGCAAAAUAAGUUUUUGGUUAGGCUAGUGAUUUGUUCGAGGAAUAGUUAGAAAUAUUGACAUUCACUUACUAAUGACCUAUUCCCAUGUGUACCUCAGUACUUUUGUCACAAAUCAUGCGAAAAGUCAUUGUGCUCGGUGUGCAACAAGCAGCAAAGUCUAGUUAUAAUGUUGGGGUCAGGUGUCAAUUGGGACGCAAGUCCUGUUCCUUUCCCCAGUCACACUUAUGUCCUCUGUUUAUUGUAGAUGUAUGCCUAAUGAUUGUGUUGUGACAAAUGAUUAAAUAAAUUAAAUAAAUAAAUAAAUAAAUAGCAUUUCCGCAUAUUUUUAAAAGGGAAUUGCCUUUGCAAUAUUCAAGUUUUUCAGUAAAUUAAUGACUUCAGUUUCACAUGUGGUAAUCUUGCCUAGUGCGGAUUUGGAGCUUUGGAAUACUCUAGUACUUGGUAUAUGGGGCAUCUAAAUCUGGUAUUUUACAUCGACUGGAAAAAUAUUCAUUCAAUAAAGUAGCUUUUUCUUUAGCAUCAGUAAUUAUACAGUUAUUCUCAAGCAAAUAACUCGUAAAAGAGGCAUAUUCAAAAAACAUUUGGAAUAUAAAAAAUAUUUAAUCUAUUGAGUAACGUUUCGUCACAUUACAAGCGACAUCAUCAGACUAAAUACAGUUAAGCUAUUUCAUCUAUUUUAUAAUAACUUUUGAAAAAAUAUAUGAUAUACAAUUACAAACGGUUAAAAAGUUAAAAUUAGAAAUAUACAAUGUUCAUGGUAUAUUGACAUGCACAAGAUAAUGAGAUUAGUGAAAGAUAUGGAUUAAAAAGGAAUGUCAAGUGGUUAGCGUCAGUGUUAAAAGAUGUUAGUAAAUUAACAAGAGGAAACACCUACUUAGAAGAGUGUUAACGGAAAGGAUCGGACAUUAUUAUUAAGCCAUGGUUUAGUUUGAGCAAUUAGUAAGCUUUCUUUAAUAAGAAUAUCAUCGUUAGAAUUAGCUGAAGUAACAAUUUUAAAAUCACUUGGUUCAAUUGGAUGACCGGCUUCUCUAGAAUUCUUCUUCUUUGUAAUUGUAUAUCAUAUAUUUUUUCAAAAUUUGUUAUAAAAUAGAUGAAAUAGCUUAAUUGUAUUUAGUCUGAUGAUGUCGCUUGUAAUGUGACGAAACGUUACUCAAUAAAUUAAAUAUUUUUUAUAUUCCAAAUUUUUUUUUGAAUAUGCCUCUUUUACGAGUUAUUUGCUGGGCAAUAAUAUUUUCAACUAGAAUUCGAUUUCCGCCUGGUGUUUCUAUUGCUGAUAUUCUCAAGCAAUGCAGGCACGCUCGAUUAAAUUUUACUCCCAUACAAUUGUUUAACUAUUCCCCACCAUUUCUUAGGACCAAGAAGUACAUCAUUUAAUUUAUUGUUUAAUUUGUUAUAGAACGAUAUUUUACUUUUACGUAUAUUAAAGUUGUUGUAUUAUUCCUUUGUCGCCUAUAUAAUUCCCAAUUCUCUGGAUUCUUAUUUGCACAACACUUUUUUAGUAAACGAUUUAUUUUUCUAACAGCCCGCGUCUUACUUCGGAAUUCAUCCACGACUGUUUUAUAUAUUAGGCACAUGAGUCAUGAAAACAUCUCGAAAACAAUCAAACCAAGCAUUAUAUAAUGUGUCAAUAUUUUGUAUGUGUCUGCAAAUACAACAUCCCAAGGGGCAUUUAAUAUAGCUUUUCGAAGUUUGUUCUCAUCCACACGUGAAAGUUCCCAUGCAAAUAUGGCGCUUAUAACAAUUGGUUUUAUCAAAACUUAUACUCAUCUUGCCAGUAGUCGCAAUUACUAGGCGGACUAAUUAUCCCAGAAUCAAAAAAAUAGCCUGGCGAAUUUGUAAUUAUUAGAUCCAAUAAACUUGCUCCACUUGCCGUAACCCUUGUGGGUUCUUGGACAGGGGCGCACAUUCGAAAAAAAUUGGGGGGGUGUCCUAUGUUCUGGGACCGACUUUUGUAGUAUUUGUGUUUGGUAAGAAAAGCCAACUAUUUAAAGCGCAUAGACUGUAAGACGGGGAUAGUAUUCCAAGAGUUUAAAUAAACGUUCAGUUUUUCGGAACUUUUGCAGUGGUAUAAACUUUCGGAGGGGGGGGGGUAGAAAUUUUUAUGGAUUUCGAAUGAGAGCGCCGUAGGCGAAAGGAAAAUUUUGAAUUUCUAGAUUCAUUAGAACGCUAUUUCACGUAUUUUAGUACAAGGUUUGAAGAAAAGUUACAACCACUCAAAAAGGCAUUUUUAAGUCGCCUAAUGUUGUUAGAUCGAAAAAAUAUUUAUGUAUAGAGUUUAAAUAAACGUUCAGUUUUUCAGAACUUUUGCAGUGGUCUAAACCUUUGGAGGGGGGAGGGGGAGCAAAAUUUUUAUGGAUUUCGAGUGCGAGCGCGAGGAAAAUUUUGAAUUUCUAGAUUCAUUAUAACGCUAUUUCACGUAUUUUAGGACGAGGUUUGAAGAAAAGUUACAACCACAAAAAGGCACUUUUAAGUCGCCUAAUGUUGUUAGAUCGAAACUGAUUCUUAUGUAAAACAUAGUAUUGUACACGCAAAUACAACAGCAAAAUAGCAUCAUGUCUUCGUUUUUGUAGAAGUCGGUCAUGAGUGUUGCUUUGAGCGCAAAUUCAAGUUCAAAUGUGCUUUAAAGCAACCAUAGGCAUUUUUUACUGGUGUCGGAGACUGUCUAUAUAUACAUAUAGUUGAGACUGUCUAUAUAUAUUUGUGAUUUAAUAGCAGGAUUAAUUAUUACUUUAAUUAGGGACGAUCAUUGCAUGAUUGACACAUUUAGAUUAUUAUCAAAAAGAGUUAAAAGAUAGGAAUGUAUAGCAGGGCGCUUAUAUAGAGGGCGGUGAAACGCGCUGAUGUCGUGCUGAUCGAUGUGUGAUGCGGAAAAGGACUGGCACGGCAAAAGUUGACAAGGAGCGUGAUUUUUCCUGCUGUUGUAUUUUUGCUGUUUUUUCAUUAACUACGAAAUUCUUGAGGAUGUUUUUGCACUGUAACGACGAAGUAGUAACUAGUGUAUCGUACGAAUACUUGUUUGGCCUGUAUAGUUGAAUUUUGAAAGAAAUAUUGAGGAUAAUGAGUCGGGCUUUUGAUGACUUCAAUGAAGGGAAAUUUUCAAAACAGCAUUUGGGCAUGUUAUCAAGUCGUCCAAACUUCGAAAUUCAGUUGAUGGUAAAGAUUAUAAUUAUGUGCUUAUCUCCAAAAGUUUUCAUAAGACUCGGAGUUGAGCAAUUGAAUACACAGCGUUGGAAAGUGAGGUAUUUUUGUGUGUUAAAUUUUGCCUAAUUAGACCAUUAUUUCGCUGCAAAAAAAUAAACAACAAUUGUAUUUUGGCCAUGUCAUGAUUUUUGGUUAUUAUGUUAAUAAUUUUGUACGACUUUUAAGGCAUUCAAUUGAAGUAAUUCUGAGCCGUAAACAUAUUUUACUUCUUGGCCUUUGAAUCAAAAUACGACUCGCUCGGACGUUUGUUGAGCGCAAUAGUCGAAAAAGUUUCGUCCCAACUUUGAUUUUUUUUGACCGGCUGGCCAAGACAACUUCUCGUAAGGAUUCGUUAAAAAAAUACAAAUUCAAGUUGAGCAUUUCUUGAUUUUCAACUGAAAAGAUCAACUAGUGGCUAAAAUUAAUUGUGAACUGUAUUCUAUCGAACGUGAACGAUACGUGUACAUCCGAAGAGUUUUAAAAACCUUUCACGUCAUGCUUCUUGCGAAAGCAACCGCUCGUAAGCUUUCGCAAGCGUUUUGAGCAAAAACUCUAAAAUAUUGGCAGUAUUACCUGAAAAUACAAUAGCAGAAUCUACUAAAUUAUCGUAUAACAUCGGAAUUUUACCCCCAAUAUCUAUUUCUUCAUCAAAACUUGACUACAAAACAGUCAAAACUUCCAGCUCAGUUUUCCCGCCAUAUUUAUCCUUGCCAUAUAAGACAACGUCGCCAUAGUAACCACAACAAACUCGUUACCAGUUCAUUGCAUCACACAUCGAUCGGCGCGCCUAUAGCCGUUUCACCGCCCUCUAUAUAAGCGCCCUGGAAUGUAGUGACUGUGAGAGAGACUAGACCGCGUAUACAACUGCAUGUGAGUGAUUUUCAAUAAUAUAUUUUUAUAAAACCGAAUUUGCUUCGUCGAGAGUUUGAUUGUUCAAUACCUUUUAGUAAGGGUCAAUUUACUAAACUGGAGUUACCUACCCUACCAAGAUAAGGCAAAACCAUUCUCGACCAAUCAAAUGGCUAGAAUCUGCCUCAAGUAAGUCAAGGCCACUGAGCUUACAACCGAAAUGCAGCUGAAUGAAACUUGAUAACUGGACUAUUGUGAAUAUUAAUUACAUUUGCUAUCACUGCAGGAAGGAUUACAACUGGAGUACUGGACAAUUUUAUGAAUCAGUAAUUAUCUGCGCAAUUUUUACGUUAGUCGCGCGACUUAUUUGACAACCCCUAGAUCCGCCCCUGUUGAAAUAGCCCUUUUUUCCAGUUGAAUCAAUUCGUUCUUUAAGUAUUGUGGAAGAGAGUGAUAAAAGGCUGGUACUGCGUAAUCCAUGACAGAUCUAACGCAAGACGUAUAGAAUAACACAAGAUCUUUAACUGGUAACCUAGCUCUUUUUAAUUGAACCAGAUAAUAUAGUCUCUUACUUUUUUGACGACCUCUUUUAUAUGGGCAUGCCAAGUUAGAUUGUUACUUGUUGUUACUCCCAAUAAUUAAGCACUUUCGACUAUUUCGACUUCUUUACCAUUAAGUAUGACUUGAUCUAGAACAACUGGGUCCUUACUAAAAGAAAUUCUCAAUUCUUUACAUUUGACUGGAUGUAGUUUUAAUCUAUUUUCUUCUUACCAUUGCUUAAUAUGAUCUGCUAUGUUUUGGGCUGUACUAACAUUGCCUUUGGGAAGAAUUUCCGAUGCUGUGGCAUCAUCCACGAACUUCCACAGGUAUGGGGAAUUAAUAUUCAGGUCUUGGAUCAUCAAAAUAAAUAACCAUGGACCUAGCUUUGUACCUUGCGGUACACCAGACGGAACAAGGCCCCACUCAGAAAAACAGCUAUCGGCCAAUUUGACUCUCUGCGUUCUAUGAGAAAGAAAAUCUAUUAUCCAGUUAAUUAUACUUCUAGGUAUGUUCAAAUUACCCAGUUUCUUUACAAGAAUGGUAUGGUCGAUAAAAUCGAAUGCCUUGCGAUAAUCAAACAAUAUUGUCCUUAUUGUCGCCCCAUUCCCGUCAGUGUUUAUAAACCAGUGAUGCAGCAUACUAAUUAACGCCAUAGUGGUUGACGAGUUUGGAAUCGCUCCAUAUUGACUAGCAUCGAUUAUGUCUAGAAUUGCCGGUUUAACAUAAUCCUCAACAAUGAAUUCCUCUGCCACUUUAGAGAUGCAGGGAGUCAGGGAAAUAGGCCUGAGAUCUUUUUCCAAUAUAGUCACUGGUUUUUUGGGGGGUAACGGCGAAACAUUUGCUUUCUUCCAGAUGGUAGGCAACUGCUGUUCGUAAUAGGAAGCAUUGAUAAUUUUCAUGACAGGAAGGGCCAAAAGGUAAGAAUAUUCUUUAAAAAUCCAGUUUGGUAGAUUGUCUGGCCCAGGCGCCUUGUGAGGAUUUAGUUUUGCUAGAACUUUUUGAACACGUUCUUCGGUAACUUGCAAAAAUUUCGGUGGGUCUUCUAACGAAAGACGUUCGAGGGGUUCUGAUAUUCUGUAUUCGGCCAAGGGUGCAAGAAAGGCAGUAUCAAUGGUGUUAGCUUGUUCAUGUGGAGGGAGGUUCGUAAAUCCUUCGACAUUGAUUUAAUGGGAUAAAUUUGUGCCUGCCGACUUUAUUCCACUUAACCGCUUAACCUCAUUCCACCACUUCCUUGGGACUUCUCCUUUAAGUUGUUUAAUGUUGGAUUCGUAGUAUUUUGCCCUGCAGACUUUUCUUUCUCUGUUGACACAAUUUCGGUAAUAUUUAAAUUAGGGGGAAUGUACACUGUGCGCAUUGAAAGCUUUUUGUCUCUUAAAAAUUAGGGAUUUAAGCUUCUGGUUCAUCCAUGGAGCGUCAGCUGGGUGAAUACGAAUUUGUUUUUCUGGCAUUAUGGUGUCUAGUCCAGAAUGAACUACUUCUUGGAAGACUGUCCACAUAUUUUCGCAAGUAUCCAAGGAACUGAGCAUUAAGGUCCAAUCAAUUGAACUUAAGUAUCUUCCCAUUUCUAAUUUACGACUUUUCCGCUGGUCACGUAUUGUUAUCGAUUUUUUAGUAUUAUUUUUCUGGGGCCGGUUGUACGAAAGGUGGAUAAGUUAUCCAGUGGAUAAGUCCUAUCCAAUGGAUAAAUCUCCUAUCCAAUGGAUAGCUAUCUGCCGAAUAAAAAUGCGUUGUACGAAGCACGGAUAGCAGGGUGGAUAGCUAUCCGUCGGAUAACCUUAAUUUUAACCGGAGAAAACCGGAUUUUCCUGAAAUUUCUUAUCUCUACGUCAGCUGUUGCUAGGUAUUUGUAAACUUUUGUUGUAGUAUCUUCGUAUAACUUGUGAAUUCCACUAACCUUUGAACUAUCAACUUGCAAUAUAAAAGUUUUUUGUUCAUGUUUAUAUUUUGGAGUUUUUCUCGUCCAAUCGUUGCAAUAUUUCGUUUUCCCACAGUGAAGAGUUUGCUAUCUUCUUAUCGAUAUUUCUUUAAAAGAUUUUUGGCUUCUUUAUGCGAAGGCAAUAGCAAAGACUGCGAGUUUGUUUUCUUGUUUCAGUACGUUGAUUCAGUUUUAGUUUAUAUACUGUCUGAAUAUUUGUUCUUUGACCUUUCACGUCAUUCAAAACAAUUUUAAGAACAUUUUCUCGCAAGAUUUGAUUGGCUGAUCAAGGCCAUCGAACAAAAUUUUUCGACUUUCGGCGCCUUGUUGUCUAUUUAUAUGCAGCUAUAUUUGUUUGGCGUUGAAGGGAACUCAUUUAAUGAAAGUUUUAUUGCUUGUUUUCGAGCUAUAUAACGUAAGGACUAGCUAGAAAACGUAACGUCUAAGCACUGACACAGGUCUGCAUAAAAUAUGGCAAAGUCAUGGCAUUAUUUAAUGGGCAAGUGACUCAAAGUGAGCUCGGUACGUCAAGAGCAAGAGAAGUCAUAAGUAAGUUUCCAUGUUUAUUUAGUGUCAAAAAAGGGACUUCUAAACGGUAUUUGUCCAUUUCUAUCACAAUAGCAAUCCUUUUUAAAUGAAAUAAACAUUGUUUUGUCUUCAUACUUCGAGUUUAUCCGCCGGAUAGUGGAUUUAAACUACCUCCGGACCUCGGAUAAAUUUAUCCAACGGAUAGUGCAUUUUAUCCGUUGGAUAGCGCUAUCCAAGCUUCGUACAACGCGAUUUUUACUCCGGAUAAAAUUUAUCCGCUGGAUAGGGACUUAUCCACCGGAUAGCGAUUUAUCCACCUUUCGUACAACCGGCCCCUGGUAUAUUGUUCUGCGUGCAUGACUAUGGUUCCUUGACAAUCAAACCUAUAUAUAGCCCCAACAGGCAGAGUGGAUUCGAUUGACUCUAUCAGUAAAAAAAUUAGCAAUCUGGACACAGAAUUGAUCUCGUUCUGCCCGGAUAACGAGCUGGUUAUCGACAGUUAUGCAGAUGUGCGGACAUCCUCAAGUGGACAUGAUGACAAUAUGUUUGGUUUUGGAAAUCUCGAGAUUGAUUAUCGUGCACCGAAGCAAGUGACAAGAAGAUCUAGCGUCUCUACCAGAGGUUUGCAAAUUUUGAUUGACUGCUGCCACUGUGCAAUAUACCAAAAUAAACUGAGUACAUGCUUUGCAGAUCCCUGCUAUUUCAUUACUAUAUCCAGUUUAGCAGUUAACUCCUUUAGCAAAAAGUCAAAUUCAAAGUGAUCUUACUGUAUUUUUCAGAAAAAGCAAAAAGAGAUAUGAACAAAUUUGCUGGAGUGUACUCAUUAAGAACAGGUGUGCAAAUGAAUCUUGACUAUUACUGUAAAGUCUGUCAAUUAAAUCUUGUGUUUGAACACCAUUAACUCUUAUUGACCCAUAUUCAUUCUUGUCAACUUUCACCAACAAAUACACAGGCCAAUAGAGAGAUUGAAAAUGUUAGAAUGCUGCUUGAAAUAAUAUCUUCUUGUUUUAGUCAUGGAAAAGAAUACAAAUCCUCUAAAUGUAGGACCUUCCAAACUUGCUGAAGGUCAAAAGAAAAAACUUUUCAGCAAGGUACUAUGAUUUUAUUUUCAGACAUAUAUUUCAGUUACAACUAUAUAUAGAUUCAAUAGAUAGACAGUGGCGGAAAUUCACUUUUUCCGGGGGGGGGGGGCAAAGCCUCCUAAAUUUCCGAUAAAACUUUCAAAUUUCCGACAUACCCCCCCCCCCCUUGAAAACACUGUUUUUAGCCCUCUUUUAGGUCAAAAUUUCCGAAAAUUCGUCAAUUUUCUGUGAUGAGGGGGUGCCGCGCCUCCACCACGAUUUCCGCCACUGUAGAUAGAAUUACAUAACUUGCUAAAAUGGACAAUUUAUGCAAAUCCUCUAGAUUCACAAAAACCAAUCAAGUGUUUCCAAAAGACCAAUGUUGGUUGAGGUAUGAUCAUGAUUACACAUUUUUUGUUCAAAGAUCUCAAACUCAAUAAUGUUAAUCCUGUCAGUUCAGUGUUAGCUGCCAAGUUUGUUCUGCAAAAACAUUUUCUAAUAUUCCUUGGUAUAUGAUAUUUUGCCGAGAAUUUAUUUCGAUGUUUAAAGUUAAAGUUCUAAUUUUUUGGCUUACAAAACUGUUUUUUGUAUGACAAUUUGUCAUUUUAGGCUGUUAAUUCGCAUCCUGGUAUAUUUUUUUGCAGCAUAAAUCAGGUUAAGUCUUGUAUCGAUAAAAAGUAUUUUUCAUUUUAUUUUUCAUAUUUAGUUGCACACAUUUCCUGGUUUCCAUGCAGACGAGUUGACUCCGUUACCAGCGUCAUUAUCAGCUAGAUAUAUUUUAAACAUUGUCACGCGUGCCCAAAGAGAUCUCAUAAAGAAAGUAAGGACUGUGUGUAUCAAGUAAAUCUUAUAUUUGUGAAUGGUUUAGUACAUCAAUUCAUUUUGGCCACUGGGGUGUUACCAGAAGAUUAAAAAAUUCGUCAAUUUAAUUAAAAUUGGGAAUUUUAGUUAGCCUGCGACAUUCAGAUCGGAGUUAAGGAAUAUUGUGUUUUUUAUGUGACGUUCUCGUGGCCUAGCGCCAGCUGAACUAAAUUGAAACUUUUGAAGUGCAAGUCACCUGACAUUGUUUUGCGUACUAAAAACAGACAAGUAUAUAUUUUAGGCUACAUGACAUUGUCCCAACACUUAUCUGGGACCAAGGGCAGAUUUUCAUUUUUUAAAGGAACCCAAUUUUUUUUGACUUGAAAGAAGAAAUUCGCACCUAAAAUCACAGCAAAAAUUUUAAGUGUAAAGGACGCAAUGCCACUGAAAAGGUUAAUAUAUUUCAUAAAAGGUUCAUGUAUUUUUUUUAGCCUGGAUUUAGGAAAGAAUUUAAAAGAAUGUUUCUUAGUCAUCCAACUCAAGCUCUUAUUCAGGUAUAUAUUAUCUUUUUUUUUUAAUUGUGUCAAAAUUAUCGUCUUUCGUUGAAAAAGUUUCUUCAUCCAUGGUAUAGCACGUAUAGGUUUAGCGGUAUGAGCCUUUGCCUUUUAAGAAUUUUUAUGAAAGUUGCGUUAUUUCGAAAGUUACGUUAUAUUACAUUUUGAAUUUGAAUUUUUGUAGGAUUUGUUUUGGUGGUUGUUCCUUGAAAAGUAUCAGGUAUAUUUAGCGUUUCUUCUUGCCAUUUAGUCAGUAUGUGUAUUAAUAUUUACUGACUUAAAAAUAAAACCUAAACUAAACUAACUGUAUUUAUACUGGAUAGCUCUAUCAGUUUUAAACUAUUCUUCCUAGAGGUCCAGUAAGGAUCAUAUCUUAUUGAUCCAGUGUUAUUACAGGAGGAAACCUGAACUAAACAAACUUUAUUUAUACUGGAUAGCUUUAUCAGUUCUAAGCUGUUCUUCCUUGAGGUCCAGUAAGGAUCAUCUCUUAUUGACCCAGUGUUACUACAGAAGGAAACCUAAACUAAACUAACUUUAUUUAUACUGGAUAGCUCUAUCAGUUCCAAACUGUUCUCUCUAGAGGUCCAGUAAAGAUCACCUCUUAUUGAUCCAGUGUUACUACAGGAGGAAACCUAAACUAAACUAACUGAAUUGUACCCGAAAGAACUGCGACGUUUCAUGGUGUCUAACUGACAACAUGGAAAAGUCUUAUAAAUUUAUAUUUUUAAUCUUAGUCCUGUCCAGAAGUGCAGAGUCAGCUAUUCACUCGAGUUGCGUGUAACUACGUCAAACUGAUCAUCAGUGGUUCAGAAAAUAUUCACAGAGAGACAUUCUUUACGCGUUUUCCAUCCUUAGUAUGUCAGGCAGUGUACACUGUAUUUUGUCGAGCAUUUCCGACCUCGUACCGACAAUUUGACGAUCGUUUCAAACAAGAUCUGGCCGACGUUACUUACUUGUGGAUUGUGGGUAAUUAUAUGUUGCAUACUUUUAAAUCCAGUUUUUGAUGCAUAUCAACAAUAUGUUGUUGAAACUAAACUACCUUUAUUUAUACUGAAUAGCUCUACCAGUUCUAAACUGUUCUUCCUAGAGGUCCAGUAAGAAUCAUCUCUUAUUGAUCCAUCAUCCAGUGUUACUACAGGAAGAAACCUAAACUAAACUAACAUUAUUUAUACUGGAUAGCUCUAUCGGUUCUAAAUUGUUCUUCCUAGAGGUCCAGUAAGGAUCAUCUCUUAUUGAUCCAGUGUUACUACAGGAAGAAAAUUAAAAAACAUUAAAAAAAAAUUCAAAAACUAAUGUGACAUUCUGAUCACUGGAUCGUGACUGGAUGGCACUAUUGUUCCAUGCUGUUGUGUAAAUGGUUCAUUGUUUUAUUUGCUAGGAACGCGACCUGUUCGACGUUGUUGGGAGAGAUGGCCUCUCCCCUUUCUUGAACCGGAAGGGAUGAACAAAGAGGAAGAAAUUCAAAAAAAUGUAUCAAAAGGUGGCGAACAUUUUUCUAAAGUUUUGAAAAGUCUCCGCUUUAGUCAUGAUAAAAACAUAACAAAAGGCACCUUACAACUGGCCAGUAAAAACACUUUGCAUAACAAUAUCCACUGGAAAAUUUUGUUCAAAAUCCUAAUAGUCUUCGUUGGAAAUAGUUGGAAAUCCAAUUUUCACACAGACACUGAUUGCAAUUUACAUACUAUGGAUAUAGUUGGGUUUUUUUUUAUCUCGGCAAUCCAAGAACACAAACCACUUUCGGCCAAAAUGUGGUUGCAAAAUGCGAAAAAUAUAGCCAUGCGAAAUUUGCAAAUUUUGUAUUAAUUUGUAUUACGCUCGGGAAAAUACACAUUUCGCAGCCAAACUUUGCAAUUUUACUAAUUUCAAUAUGCUCUUUCUAGCUGUGCUGAUGGAUUUUGUUUUUCGUGCCUAGAUCAAAAUUUAGUCUGUAGCUGGAUUCAUUUAAGAAAUAUGCGGCUGUUUCAGGCUAGGAAUCAUCCAUUGCGGCAAAUUUCACUAUUUUUACCAGUUAUCUGAGGGAUGUACUAUUUAAAUGAAAAGAUAGUUUGAUUGUAUAGUUAAAUUUAUAAAAUGUUUUCUCGCUCUUUCGCUAUAGAGUUCGCUUUGGGAUUAUUCGACUCAGAGUCUGACCAAAUUAUUAACCAUCCCUCACGAGAUAGCUUGAGAAUCGGAAAGCCCGAGCGCAGGCGAACAAUGUCGAAAGUGUACAAUCGUAAGUCUAUCGGAGACAUUGACGAGGUAACCGCUGUGUCUGCUGACGAAGAAAUAGUGAAGAGAAAAGCAUCCCUCAGGAGUAUCAACGAUAGACACGAGCCCAUGCCGACUGCAGAAAUUGCUACGAAACCAUCGCUCAGAAUGACACGCGAUAAACUUGAACCUAGCAGACCAGGAGAAACUUUAGUGGAAACAUUUCAAAAACCAUCAGACACGAAAUUGAAUAUUUCGAAAUCAUUGCAAUCCACCAGGACAAGCGAUUCGUCUUUGCUGAGAAAUACAAAGAAACGCGAGGUAAGAAGGGUUUUUGGGUAUUGCAAGGGUAUUAGGGGUCCCUCAGGGAUCAGAAAGUUUUUCCCACUUUUAUCCAGCCUCCACUAUGUAAACAAUCAAAUUUGAUGGCGUUUGACUCCACUAAACACCUCAGGUUUUUUCCAAAUAUUCUAGUUUCUUAAUGGAGCUCUAGGGAGAACAGUUUGGAUAAAGCUAUACUAUCCAGGAUACAUAAAGUUAGUUUAGUUUAGGUUUCUUUCAGUGGUUACACGGGGCCAAAAAUUGUGACUGUUAUUGAAUUUCUAAGAGGAAGAGUUUGGACUUGAUUGAGCUAUCCAGUAUAAAGUUGUUGAGCAACAUCAGCAAAUGAAAUAGUUUUUAGAUCUAAAUAUUAAUCAGCUUUGUAGUAGGAAACAUUUCCAAGUAAUACUUAAAAAACAUUUUCUGCAUAAUUUUCUUUAAUUAACUUUAGUUUCCUAAUUGUGUUAAAUUAACAAAUAUAAAACAUUUUCCGUGUUGAUAUAUAUACAGUUAUAUCAACACGAGUGGAAAUUGGGAAAACGAGAAAUUGUGUGGAGUGUUUUCACACAAUUUCGAGUUUUUCCAAUUUUCACGAAUGUUGAUAUAACUGUAUAUCAAUACGGAAAAAUGUUUUAUAUUUGUUUUAUAAUAUAGCACAAAGAAACAUAAAGAAAGAAAUUUUCCGACGUUUCCGUGUUGACAUUGAGUUAUAUCAACACGGCUCUUAGCCAAUCAGCGUUCAGAAUUUACAAUUGCUAUAUAAUUAUAACACUCUAUAUGACUUACAAAAGAACGCAGCUUGAUAUCGAUGCUUCGCUGCAUUUAAUCCGUUACCUCGCCAAUGCGUCAAUACUAUUUAUCAAAAUGAAAUUAGUCUUACAUCAAAUAUCUGUCCGCAGGGCCGCAGGUUCGAUUACCUAAAGUUGCAUUUUCCGCAGUUGUUCCUGAUCAGGUUUAAUAAAUGUACAUAUAUAAAUUUCCACUCGACAAUUUCCGUUUACAAUACCUAUCAAAUAUAAAUUAUUCAUUGGAGUGAGAUGCCAAGAAAAUCUAGCAGAUAAUUAACUCGUCUUGAAUCAAGAAAUUGAAACAUUGGCAAAGAAAAGUGUUUUUGGACUUAAGUCUUAAAUAACGAUUUGUAUGAAUGAGUGAAUGAAUCAGUUUAUUUAUUGAGGGUGGACACCAAUCUAACAUUUAGUAUUGUAAAAGGUUAAUGAAGGUGGCACUCCCUCAGUUUACAAAGGUAAUCAAACCUAUGCAUAUUUAUACUAUACAAUAAAAAAGUAAAAAUAUGCUAUUACAAAUUAAAUUAGAAAUUUAGAGAUAUGAUUCAGUUACUGAUUUCUUAAAAGUACUUAAAGUCAAGUCUUUGAAACCGGUAGUUAAGUUGUUCCAAAUCCUUACACCUCGAUAGCUAAAGGAUUUUUGACCUGAGAAAGAUAUAUCGGUAGCGAGAUUCCAAAUUUCCAAUGAAUUCAAGUAUUUAAAAUUAUUUUAUGCAUAAUUGUCUCCCAAGUAAUUGGGGUUGCGCUAAAAUGCUCCGCAUGACUUACAAAAGAACACAACCACGCCCACACUUUGAAAUGUAUACUACAUGGCGCCAUUUAAUGACCUAACAGAAUAUAUAUAAUUAUGUUAUUCCUCAAAAUCUGUGAAAGAGCCUUACAUCAAUGUCUGCCUUCUAGUAAGCUCUCUCUUGGAACAUUGGCAAACGAAAUGAUUUAAAUAAUGCUUUGCAAGUUUUGUAUUCAGAAAGAUAGAGCGAGAUUCCCAUGUCCAUGAAUUCGAGUUCCAAGUAUUGUUUAGAAACAUUCUAUGCAUAAUUUUCUUUAAAAAACCUUUGUUAUGUUCAAAUGAUGUGUUAUGACUCACAAAAGAACACUGUUUGGUAUCGAUAUUAUCUGAAGUGGUCUUAUGAUAUAACGACACAUCAUCUGUCUAUUUUCUUUCAGUAUGAACAGGGAAGCUCUAAGACAGCGUCUUUAAAAUCUGUCUUUCUAACAAAAAUAUCAAAAACAUAGCAAACGUUUUCUUCAGUUUGUUUCGAAGAGAAAUGGCGAAGCCAGAUUAUGGGCCAGAUUCAUUCGGUGGAUAUGACGAAGUGCGGUUUGAAAACAAAGUUGACAUUAAAUUCGAGUGCUCUAUUUGUCUCAAGGUCUUAAAAGAUCCCGUACAAUGCCCGAAUGAACACUACUUCUGCCACUCGUGUAUUCAAAAGUGUUUGCACGAAAACUCCGAAUACUGCCCUGUGUGUCAACACCAUCUGACGGAAGAAACCUUAACCAAACCACCGAGACUUUUGACUGAAUUGUUGGAGAAUCUCAUGAUUCGUUGUGAUCACGAAAACCGUGGCUGUCGAGAGUUGGUCAGGCUUGAAGUUCUUGAUCGGCAUGUCGACAGCUGUGGUUAUUCACCAACACCUUGUACAAACGCUGGUUGCGCAGAAGUCAUGAACCGACACGAGAAAGAACGACACGAACGUGAACAGUGUCAGUUUCGUAAGAUCGUUUGCGACGAGUGUGGAGAACAAGUAAUAUGGAAGUCAAGUCGUGUACACCCGUGCUUCAUGCGAAAAGAAAUGGACGAUUUAGCGAGAAGAUUAAACAUUGUUCAAAAUGAUGUGAGGGACGUCGAGGAUGAAGUAAAAAACCAAGUAAAGUUGACUCAAGAGGAAAUGGCAUGUCUUGCAAAAGAAGCGACCGAAAGAUGUAAUUUAUUCACUGGUAGACAGAAGAUUUUUGUUUGUGGAGGGCGGGAUGAUAAGACUGUUUUGAAUUCCGUAGAGACAUACAGCUGGCCCGAGAAUUCCUGGACACUGGAACCAGCAAUGAAGGAGGCACGAUCAAGCCUUUCGGCAUUUGUCCAUGGUCGUGAAAUAUAUGUCAGUGGCGGCAUCAUUGGGACCAAGGCCACUGACAGUAUUGAAAGCUACAAUGUUGACGAAGAAAAUUUAGAAUGGGUCAAGUCUCUUGUCAAAAUGCCAUUCGAGUCGAGUGGACACGAAAUGGUGUGUCAAGAGAACAGUGCUAUUUUAACUGGUGGAUGGUACGGUGACAAUGUUUCUGAUGAGAUUUACGAAAUCAGUCUAAAUCCUCCACAUAAUCGGAAAUUACUGACCCAGAUGCCAGAACCAAAAUGUCGCCAUAGUUGUGAGAUGAUUGACAACCAGGUUCUACUGGCUGGAGGAAGGGCAUCAAAAUACAUCAAGGACACUAAAAGCACUGUGUGCGUAUAUGACCUGAACAAUAAUGAAUGUAAAACCUUACCACCACUGCCAUUUGCUAUUGCUGAAAUGGCUAGUGUUAGUUAUAAAGGUAAUGUAAUUUUGAUCGGAGGUGUUGAUCAGAAAGUUCAAACAUUAAACAGUGUAGUAAUGUAUGAUGUGAAAACAGGAGAAAUUAAAAUGUUGCCUUGUCUUAAUCAUAAAAGAGCAGGAAGUGCAGCAGUUAUCGCUGGCAAUGUUAUUAUUGUUGUGGGCGGACAUGAUUAUGAAACUAAAACAUAUCUCAGUUCUGUAGAGUGUUUAGAUUUAAGUAGCAAUGUAUGGAGAGAACUGUCGCCAAUGACAACUAAGCGAGGUUAUCCAACUGCAGUUAUGAAACCAUUACGCUAGAAUGUAUUCAAAUGAUCUGUAGGAACAAAAAACUGAUUAAGCAAUACCAUGAUUUAGUUAAAGUUGCAUGUCAAUUUGUACAAUAAUUUAUAAUGUAUAGCAAGUAAAACAAUAGAGGUUAGAUCUUUUGAAACUUGAUUCUUACAGGUAAACUACGUCAAGCGUUCCUCUUUUGAGUUUCUAAAUUGAUUGCAAUUUUCCUCAUUACCUUUGCAAUUUAAAAAACUCCCUUACAAAUCCCUUGAGAGAAUUUUCAAUGUUGCUAAAAGCCAAUUAAAUUUUCCUCAGUUCCUGUUAGAAGUUCUUAACUUCCUGUUACAAGUUCCUAACUUCCUGUUCUGUUCUGGGCGUUGUAAUUGGCUAACAAAAAUAAUCCAUCAAUGACAACGGUCAGAACAGAACAGGAAGUCAGGAAAUUAAAACAGGAAGUUAGGAAAAUUUAAAAUGAACAUUGGAAUAUUGCAACAGCCGAUAGGAACAUUGCAAAUUCCCUCAAGGUUUUUCAAAGACUUUUUCAAAUUUGCAAAGCUAAUGAGGAAAAUUUCAAAUGAGUUAGGAAGUCAAAAGAGGAACGCUUCACGUAGUUUACCUGUAAAGGCACAGUUCAGCCUUUUGAAUGAUGGUUUUUAAGGCGCAUUUCAGCCCUUUUAAUUGAAAAAAACUAACGAGGAAAAUCAAUUAUGCAUAAUUCGAGAUCAGUAAACUCAAUGUUUUUAACAAUAAAAAUGUUUUAAAAUGUUAAAAACAUGAAGUUUGCUGAUCUUGAAUUAUGCUUAAUUGAUCAGUUUCCUGGUUAGUUUUUCAAUUAAAAGAGCUGUAAUGCAUCUUACUGUAAAAACCAUCAUUCAGAAGGUUGAACUGUGCUUUUAAUAAAAUGUAUCACUAAAAACCUUGUGAAACUCAUUAAUAAUUCAUGAAGAAAACACAAAAGAAAUCAUGAUCGUGAAGGGAUUUGUAUAAACUUUAAGUUCAAUUUUCUCACCAAAUAUCAUUCAUUUAGUUGGUCGAGUGUUUUAUAUCUGAUAAAGGACGGACUGCGAAUGUUUUAAAUGGCUUAAAAAAACGACCUAUCUGAUGAGUUCAUUGACAAAGUAAUUAUAAAAAUCAACGUUGUCUAAGCGCGGCAAAUCAAAGCUAAGUUCAUGUAAAUUACUCAUGAUUUUUUAUCACAUAUAAAACCACCGACAUGGCAGUGAUUUCUUUUGUAUUUUCCUCAUGAAUUAUUAAUGAGUUUUAAAGUACUAUAGAGCCUCUGCACAUGACGUCACAAGAAUUUUAAUUAGACUCUUUUGUCUGGAACACCAACAUGGCCGCCAUGGCUUUUGUUGACUUGGUCCCUGCGGGAAUGAGUGCAAGCGCAGUAUACAGCCUGUCCCAAAAAAAACCCAAACUAUUGAAAUAUCGUAAUGUUAGAAUUCGAAUGCCUCAGCACUCUGCUCAACACACAAGUGCAUAAAAGCUUGACAUAAGUACAUUUUAUGCAUAAAGAAACUGUUUAAGAAGCUGCUUUAAAUUCCCAAGGGCAGAAAAUCGUGCGCUUUACAAAGAUAUUUUAAUUUCUUGAUAAGUCAAUAUUUAAUAUAUGCACCCUUGGCCUUGUCAAUAUUUUACGCAUGUUUGCAUUCAGCUUAGUGGUAUAGGGCGUUCAUAUUUUAACAUCACGUUAUUUCAAUGGUUUGGGGACAUCCUGUAGUCUACAUUAUACAGAUGUCUCACUGUCUGUGACAGUCCAACUACUGUAUAAACUCUCUGCUCUCUCUUUUCGUGACUAUAUCACUCUCACCUCAACUGUCAAUCAUUGUUGCGUCAUGCAAUAAUAAACUAAAGAAAUAUUUGUAUGUGUCAGUUCCCUAGAGACAGUCCAAUAUCUCCAUCCUAGGCCUUCUAUUUUUAUUAUUUUUAAUAUUCAGCGCUUUUUCACAUGAGAAGACUGGGACUAGUAGAUUUGUGGGCGGGGCGAAAUACCAUGGCGACACUUACCAAAUGCUAGCCCGAAAUUGACGAAACCUGCCAAAGAUGCUAGCCUGAAAUUGACCAAACUUGCCAAAGCCAGCCGAGUAAAGGCCUAGGUCUUGGCUGUAAUAAAUUGAGAAGUCUGGAAUAUGUGUCUAGUUUUGCCCGCAUGUUUAACUAAAAACGCUUCUAUGGAGGAGAGAGCCUUGUUGCAUGAUUUCAUCAUCUAAUCUCACAAAAUAUUUCAGUGUUAUUUAAACCUGUUAAACUGGUCUGGAUCCGCCCCUGGAUAAAUCCAUAUAAACAAUUGCAACUUUAUAUGUCAAUGUUUAUAUUUAUCAAAGUGAAACUCAAAACGAAUGAACGAAAUUAGCCUUACAUCAAUAUCUGCCUUGUAGUUAGUCCAGUUAACUCUGUCUUGAGUCAAGAAGUUGGGACGUUAGCAAAAUAAUAGUUUUUACAAAUAAAUAAUGCUUUGUAGUCAGAAAUAUAAAUAUGAUUCCAUGAAUCCAGUUCCAAGUAUUAAUUAAAAACAUUCCAAGCAUACCACAACUGGUCUUAUGAUCGUCUUAUGAUAUAAUUCUCGUCAUCAGACUAUCUUCUUUCAUUACAACAUCUGCAAGACAAGGAAGCCUUCACACAAUCUGUCUUUCUAACAACGAUAUCAAAAACAUAGAAAAAGUUUUCUUCUAGCUGUUUGGAACAGAAAUGGCGAGGCGAGAUUCAUUCGGUGGAUAUGAAGAAGAGCGAUUUGAAAACAAAGUCGACAUUAAACUGCAGUGCUCUAUUUGUCUCAAGGUCUUAAAAGAUCCCGUACAAUGCCCGAAUGAACACUACUUCUGCCACUCGUGUAUUCAAAAGUGUUUGCGCGAAAACUCCGAAACUUGCCCAAUGUGUCAACACCAUCUGACGGAAGAAACCUUAACCAAGCCACCGAGAAUUUUGACGGAAUUGUUGCAGAGUCUCAUGAUUCGUUGUGAUCACGAAGACCGUGGCUGCCCAGAGUUGGUCAAGCUUGAAUUUCUUGAGCGACAUGUCAACAGCUGUGGUUAUUCACCAACGCGUUGUACAAAUGCUGGUUGUAAAGAAGUCAUAAACCGACACGAGAAAGAACGACACGAACGUGAACAGUGUCAGUUUCGUAAGAUCGUUUGCGACGAGUGUGGAGAACAAGUAAUAUGGAAGUCAAGUCGUGUACACCCGUGCUUCAUGCGAAAAGAAAUGGACGAUUUAGCGAGAAAAUUGAACGUUGUUCAGAAUGAUAUGAAGGACGUCAAGGAUGAUGUGAGGGACGUCAAGGAAAAAGAAGAGCAAGUGGAACUGACUCAGGAGGAAAUGGCGUAUCUCACAAAAGAAGCAACUGAAAGAUACAAUUUAGUUACAGGCAAACAGAAGAUUUUCGUUUGUGGAGGGCAUGAUGGCAAGACUGUCCUUAAUUCCGUAGAGACAUACAGCUGGCCCGAGAAUUCCUGGACACUGGAACCAGCAAUGCAGGAGGCACGAUCAGCUCCUUCAGCAUUUGUCCAUGGUCGUGAAAUAUAUGUCAGUGGCGGAGGCACUGGGACCAAGAACACUGUCAGUGUUGAAAGCUUAAAUGUUGACAAGGGAAAUUUAGAAUGGAUAACGUCUCCUGUCAAAAUGCCAUUAAAGUGCCAUGGACACACAAUGGUUCGUCAAGAGAACAGUGCUAUUUUAACUGGUGGACGUGACGGUGACAAUGUUUCUGAUGGGAUUUACGAAAUCAGUCUAAAUCCUCCCCAUGACACGAGAUUACUGACCCAGAUGCCGGAGCCAAAAUGUUACCAUAGUUGUCAGAUAAAUGACAACCAGAUGGUGGUGGCUGGAGGAAUGACGUCAAAAUACUUCAAGGACACCAAAAACACUGUGUACGUAUAUGACCUGAACAAUAAUAAGUGUAAAACAUUACCACCACUGCCAUUUGCUAUUGCUGAUAUGGCUAGUGUUAAUUAUAAAGGUAAUGUAAUUUUGAUUGGAGACAGUAAUAAGAAAGGUCAAUCAUUAAACAGUGUAGUAAUGUAUGAUGUGAAAACAGGAAAAAUUAAAAUGUUGCCUUGUCUUAAUCAUAAAAGAGCAGGAAGUGUAGCAGUUAUCACUGGCAAUGUUAUCAUUGUUAUGGGCGGGUAUGAUUAUCAAACUAAAACAUAUCUCAAUACUGUUGAGUGUUUAGACUUGAAUUCUGGCAAUGUAUGGAGAGGACUGUCGCCAAUGACAACUAAACGAAAUAAUGCAACUGCAGUUUUAAAACCAAUUUCUUAGAAUGUUUUUAAUUGAACUGUAGAAAAAACUGAUUUGUGUAUACUAAGUAAGAUAAUUGAUCAAUAUAGAUAAGAUAAAUUAUUAAUCAUUUUUUUUUAAAUUAAAUAAUUCCUUCAUUACUUAAAACCAUCUCAGAAAAUCUUUCACCGUCUCUACAUUAUUAAUGGUUUAUGAAUUUAUAAAUUAUACUAAAUACUAGUCCAAUCAGUUGUAGAGUGCUUUUCUAGGAGUUACUACAGAAGGAAACCUAAACUAUACUAAAACUUUACUCGAAACUGUUUUUCCUAGAGGUCCAGGAGGGUCAUCUCUUAUUGAUCUAGUAUUGCUAAACUAACUUUAUACUGGAUAGCUCUAUCAGUUCUACUCUAUUUUCCCUAGAGGUCCAGUAAGAGUCAUUUCUUAUUGAUCCAGUGUUACUACAGGAGGAAACCUAAACUAAACUAACUUUAUUUAUACUGGAUAGCUCUAUCAGUUCUAAACUGUUCUUCCUAGAGGUCCAGUAAGGAUCAUCUCUUAUUGAUCCAGUGUUACUACAGGAGGAAACCUAAACUAAACUAACUUUAUUUAUACUAGAUAGCUCUAUCAGUUCUAAACUGUUCUUCCUAGAGGUCCAGAGUUAGGGUGUAGAUAACCUAAAGUUGGAUGUAGUCGACAAAUGGCGGAUACACUUGGACUGCAUGCGUUUUAUUAUUUUUAUUCGUCCGCCUGAAUCCACAUUUUAUUCUAAUUCUCACAUGUUUGACAGUGUGCCUUUCGCCGUCCAUAUCCGCCGGUCAGGUCGGUUCGAGUGUGUUUCGGAACAGAAUCUAGUUUCUUCGAUAUCAAUGUAAUCUAGUAAUCAUGAUUUUGUCUGUGUUGGUGACAGACGCACCAACACAGACUAAAUCACGAUUACUUCUUUUCUUGUUACAGUCAUGUUACGUGGGAAAAGGCCCAGAAUUUCAAAAGGUUGUAUUUGACCUCCAUGGACAGAGUCCUUUGGUGAAACAUUUUCUUCAAAACAAACGUCUCGCUAAAGAUUCUGGAACGUCAAUUCUCGUACAAAGGACAGAAAUAGAUAAAUUACCUCCGUAUCCUUGACGAAGCAAUGUCUGAUUGUUAUCCUUUUCAGUUUUGACUCUACAAAACUCCUGUAGUAACACUGGAUCAAUAAGAGAUGAUCCUUACUGAACCUCUAGGAAGAACAGUUUAGAACAGUUUAGAACUGGUAGAGCUAUCCAGUAUAAAUAAAGUUAGUUUAGUUUAGGUUUCAUCCUGUAGUAAUACUGGAUCAAUAAGAGAUGAUCCUUACUGCACCUCUAGGAAUAACAGUUUAGAACUGAUAGAGCUAUCCAGUAUAAAUAAAGUUAGUUUAGUUUAGGUUUCCUCCUGUAGUAAUACUGGAUCAAUAAGAGAUGAUCCUUACUGGACCUCUAGGAAGAACAGUUUAGAACUGAUAGAACUAUCCAGUAUAGAUAAAGUUAGUUUAGUGUGGGUUUCCUCCUGUAGCAACACUGGAUCAAUAAGAGUUGAUCCUUACUGGACCUCUAGGGAGAACAGUUUAGAACUGAUAGAGCUAUCCAGUAUAAAUAAAGUUAGUUUGUUAAUUUCCUUAAUGAAAGGUAGUAUAAAUGCUCCAACAUACCGCGAUGUUAUCAAAGAAUCGUUGAAAUCAUCACAUGAACUCGAGAAACAAAUACAAAGGUAAUAUUCUUAAGAAAAUCUUAAAUAUUUUCCCGCAUGGACAUCUUCAAAUGAACAUCUAUAGAUCAAUCUACUAACCUUAUGGUGAAGGUUAUUCGCUCGGAACGUCGAACGUAUUCUCAUUUUUUACCGGUAGAUCAUUGUAGAAUACUACCUACACUGGACCCCAGAUUUGAGAUACAACUACCCGAAAAAUACAAGUAGAACUUUCAACGUUUCGAGCGAAGAACUGUCUUGUUGUCGCUACCUACCAUGGCGCUUAUAUACCGGUAUAUAAGCGCCCUGCUACCUACACCAAUCUUUGCCUACACUGGCAAAGACCAUUCGAGAUGAUACUACAUACACAGAUAACACUAUCACGACCAUAGAUAUAAUAUAGUAUAUCUAUGAUCACGACGUGGUGGUCUAGUGUAACUAUAUAUACAACUACUUGAAAAAUAUAACGAGAAUUUUGACGUUUCGAAUUCGCCUGGAGUUACUCCUUGGUCGCUAGUAACUAGGGGCUUCGGUGGCCAAGUGGUUAGCGCACUUGCCUUUCACCUCUGAGGCUGCAGGUUCGAGUCUCACUAAGUACCUUCUCAGUGCGACUCGAACCCAGUCCCCAUGUGAAAAGAGUAAAAAAGUCAACGCUCUGCCGAAAGCCGUGGGUUUUCCCCGGGUACUCCGGUUUCCUCCCACAGGGAAAGUUGACAGGGCGGGUUAGGUAAAAAGGGCCCACAGUAAUUGGCAUAUGCUGUUGUGGUGACCCUGCCCUAGUUGGCAAAGCUAAAUAAAUAAAUAAACUCCAGACGAAGGGCCUUCGCUCGAAACGUCGAAAUUCUCCUUAUAUUUUUUCAGGUAGUUGCAUCCCUACCAUGCAAGGAAAGCUUGUUGCAGUUCAAGAUUCGUGUAAUUAUACUCGUUUUCAGGUAGUUCAAGCACAAACCCUGGUCUCCUACAUUUGAGGUAGUAUUAACUCUUUUUUCAGUCUACUAGAUCAAAUGUCAAACGAAAGAACAAUCUUUGGUAGACAGCAGAAAAAGGAAAGAGAAGAAUUCAGAAAGUAUGAAAAAAUACGUUACUUGUCUAAUGAGUUAAUGUGCCAUGUUUACACAAAAACGCACCUUUGUGUCGUUUUCGUUUCUCUAUUUCGAAGCACAGAAAUCGCUAUGUCAUUUUAGAUUCGUUUCAGCACGCGUUUUAUACAGUGGCUACACUGCUUCAUAGUGGUCAAAUGUGUAAACACUUUGCAUAAACGUUCAAAUGUGUUAAAACAUUGAAUGAUUGGAUAUGACAUGAAGAACAGUGGGAUUUUCAAAACAAAGAAAAGACAAUGGAACAUUCUGAUCACUGGAUCAUGACUGGAUGGCAUGGAGAACAGUGGGAUUUUCAAAACAAUGAAAAGACAAUGGAACAUUCUGAUCACUUGAUCAUGACUGGAUGACAUGAAGAACAGUGGGAUUUUCAAAGCAAUGAAAAGACAAUGAAAGAUUCUGAUCACUGGAUCGUGACUGGAUGACAUGAAGAACAGUGGGAUUUUCAAAACAAUGAAAAGACAAUGGAAUAUUCUGAUCACUGGAUCAUGACUGGAUGACAUGAAGAACAGUGGGAUUUUCAAAACAAUGAAAAGACAAUGAAAGAUUCUGAUCACUGGAUCGUGACUGGAUGACAUGAAGAACAGUGGGAUUUUCAAAACAAUGAAAAGACAAUGGAAUAUUCUGAUCACUGGAUCAUGACUGGAUGACAUGAAGAACAGUGGGCUUUUCAAAACAAUGAAAAGACAAUGGAACAUUCCGAUCACUGGAUCAUGACUGGAUGGAACUAGGUAAAGUGCAAUGGGCACAUUAACGCUGCUAUAUGUAUUUUCAACCAAACACAGGGUGAACAAUUUAGUCAUUGAUAUUGUCUUUCCUGCUGUGCUCUGCCAUGCAUUUGGCGAGAACCACCAACAAGGAGAAACCCUCGUACCCGCGAACAGGCUGCACGCGGGAGACUACAAUAAGCUUUGCUCUUUCUUAUUUUUCUAUUUUUUUUCUUCAUCAAAGAAAAGAAACGCAAGUUUUGUCUCGACAUAAAGAAGUAAAGAAGAUCAGUGAUUUGAUACUGCUUCGAUUGGCUGUAAGUCAUCUUGUCACAUAUUGCGUUCUGGACGAACUUAAAAAAAGUCUUUUGCAUCUCAUUCAUUUGGUCACAUUUGCCAGGAGAAAAUCGCUGACAGAAUGGACCAUUUGCAUUAUAGACUAAAUUUUGAUCUAGACAAAAAUUUCUUCACAGCUUGAAAGAGCAUCACAAAAUUAGUAAUAUUCCAAAGUUUCGUUGCGAAAUGUUGUAAAAUGCGGAUAAUAUAGCCUUGCUAAAUUUGCAAUUUUCAGUCAUUUUGUAUUACGCACGGGAAAUUGAUGCCCCAACACCCGAUUGGGCUGUCAAUUUCCCGCGCGUAAUACAAAAUGACUGAAAAACGGCAAACUUCGCAAGGCUAUAUUUAUAUAUUAUCCGCAUUUUACAACAUUUCGCAACGAAACUUUGGAAUAUUACUAAUUAUGUGAUGCUCUUUCAAGCUGUGAUGAAAUUUUUGUCCAGAUCAAAAUUUCGUCUGUAAUGCAAAUGGUCCAUUGCUAUACAGGUAGUGUGAAUCACAGGACUCUGUGAAUGCAAUCGCAAAGGAUUUGUUAUAAUUUGUUUGAAGUAUAUUUCUUUUUGUAGAAAGGAAAAAGUGGAGAGAAUGAUAGGAUGAUCGCCACGUCGAUAGCUAACGCGUUGAAAUUGGACGAAGAAGCGUAG